AUGAGGGAAUACGAAGAAAAGACCGAAGUGAGACGAAAUCGCUCUUACCACCCACACCAGGUGUCCGUGUCGUUACGCUCUGUCUCCCACGAUGAUGAUGUAGAAACACCUGCUUUCGAGCAUCAUCCCGGCGGCGAUGGUGGAGGAACUGAGGAAGAGCCUGCGAGAGGCCGUGGUCGCGAACAGACGAGACAAGGAAUACUCCAUCGUCCCCAUCCUCCCGAGUCUCUCCGCGAAGCCGUAUCGAGCAUCAUCCCGGCGGCGAUGGUGGAGGAACUGAGGAAGAGCGACGCUCUCCGGCACCAGCGCUUGUCUGCUCUGUUCCUUAUGAGGAAGAAGUGGGGUGGAAUCGACGUGGACAUGAGGAUUGGCAUCCACAGCGGGAGCGUCUACAGCUGCAUCCUCGGGCUCUCCAAGCUGCAGUUCGACAUCUGGUCCACGGAUGCCAAAAUCGCCAACCACAUGGAGCAGGCCGGGCGACCCGGGUGA